AGUUGAACGGUACAAGGUUAGGAAGGCGGUAAAGGGAAAGGAGAAGCAGGAAAAAAUGGUAUUGAAUGAGUGAGGUCUGCUACGGUUUUAUGACUAAUAUGUUAUGCACAAGAAAAUGUCUUGAUGUAUCAACUUAGUAAAACCAUAAACAGUCCCUAAUGACUGCACUACCCAAAGACAAACAGUUUCUACCCAUUGGAAGUAUGGACUGUAUUUUGAUGAUGGCAUAUCUUUCUUCAGUAUAUAUUGGCACGGCAUUAGCAUCAAAAUAUUCCCAUCAAUCUGAAAUUUGUAAUCCAACCGAACUGAAUGAUCUUAGUGGCAUAAUAAACAGUCCAAAUUAUCCAAUGGUGUACCCAGAUCACACCAGCUGUACAUGGAUCAUAAAUGCACCUCCAGAAACUGUAGUAAAAAUAAGUGUGAUAGACUUUGAUAUUGAAGAAGAUGUAAACUGUCGACAUCCUCCAUGUUGUACCCACACUUGGUUGUCCUUACCACGGAGUGGAGGAGGGGAUACAAAACAGUACUGUGGCAUGAACCCACCUCCAUCAGUUGUUUCAGUGUCCCAAGUCAAGACAAACAUUAAGUUCCAUACAUCAAAGGUUGUCAGAGGAGGAAGAGGAUUUCAACUUAAUUAUACAGUUAUAUUAGUAUCACCAUGCUCUGGUCCAGAUGAAAUUCCAUGCAUGGAUCAAGAGGCACGUUGUUUCAACAAUGUGACUGAACGUUGUAAUGGAGAAAUGAACUGUAUGUCAGGUUUAGAUGAAAGGGGCUGUAGCAGGUGUCGUCCAGAUGAAUAUGCAUGUCGUUCAGGUGAAGGAUGCUACAAAGUUCAUCAACUCUGUGAUGAUAAAGCAGAUUGCAGUGAUUAUUCUGAUGAAAUGACAUGUGAAGAGAGCUGUGAUGGUAAAAUUGCCUGUGCUAAUGGUGAUGGUUGUUACACACCUUCAGAACAUUGCAAUGCAGUACAGAAUUGUGGAGAUAACUCUGAUGAAGCAGACUGCAGUGACAGCAGUGAUGAACAAAGUUGUGUUAAGCUGUCCAUCAUCACAGCGGCCAUCAUAGGUUCACUGAUCUGUGGCUUACUGCUGGUCAUUGCAGUCGGUUGCAUGUGUCGCCUGUACAGCCUUCGCCUGUCUGUAUCUAACAGUUAUAGGAUCCAUCAUGAUGAAGUCAGUCAUAUUCCUAAUGGCCUGAGGUCAGUUCCUCAUCCAGAUGAUUUCUUCCACCGUGAGCCUCCACCUGCUUACACAGUUGCAGUGGGUGAGUGUCAGCAACUACAGUGUGUUGCUCCAUCAGGUAACUGUCGGGCAUUUACCCUUGCGGCAUCAGAACAUCACACCCCAAACACACGACACCAUCAUAGUAGCAGACAAUCAUCUCGAAGAUGUUCAAGUGGGCGGAGAAGAUCACAGAGGAAUUCAAUUGGAAGUGGUGUCUCUCCUACAGAAGCUGAUCUAGCAUUGCCAGGAGCAGCUAACUCUAGGCAGAGACCAUCACAUUAUUCAGACUUUCCUCCAUUGCAUAGUUUGAUUCAUACUCCAUCCAUUCCCAUUGCAUCUACCAGGGAAACUUCCUUAGCUGCACAGCAGCGAGAAUCCAUGAUUGUGUCUGGUCGUGGUACAAAUGAAAACAAAUCUGUAUCUACAAGCACAGCACUUAGUAUGAUAUCUAGAGAACAGAGAGAUCUUCCUACUUCUGUUGAAUUGUAUGAUACAUGCCUGAUUGACCUUCAACAAGACUCAGAGGUUAGAGAUGGACAUUAUUCUUCUCCUCUCUUCUCAUCUAGUUCAACUUCAAUCUCAGAAUCUCCGAGUAGAGAGAGUGUCACAUCAUCAACAAGCCUACUGUCAUACCUCUCAAGCAAUGAUGACACUCAAUUGCUUGUGGUGCCACCACAGUAAAAAUGUUGAGGGCUUAGAAUGAGGUAAUUUGAAUAUUCCACAGCAGCAUUAACAAGUCUGUAUUACUAUUACUAAAGUAUUGAAAUGUGAUAUCAAGAAAUAGUAUUGAAGGUACUCUCCUCCUCAUAAGUGUUGUUCUGUUUAUUAAUUUCCCUUUAUCAUCUGUUAUAUUCUGUCACCCUGUAUAUCAUAUUUGGUAUUUAUUAUUUUAUUGAAUAUAUAAGGUGAAUGCAACACAUAUUGUGAAAGAAAACUACAUUACAGCAUAACUGACUUUUCCUUCCUGAUGGAAGUUAUGAUAUAAAACAUACGCUGUUAAUGUAUACUGAUUCCACACUUUGUUCAGUUCAUGAACUUGUAAAUUAUUCACUAUAAAUAUCUGAUAUAUAUUAAUGAGACUCAUAAUGUUCUGAAUGUAGAAUAUACUAUUAUGGCAUAUGUUAAUUAACAUAUGUUAAUUAACCUAGAUAUUCUUUUUUGUUUCCAGAAAUGUAAACUUUUUUUUUUUUGUAAUUUGUUAGAAUUAUACCAUUUAAUUUUCUCAGUAGCAGGCAAUAUAUAUAGAAAAAUAGGAGCAAUACCUGAAGAUAUUCACCUAAUUUAGUGAAGUUUAAAAUGUUUUUCUUAUUUAACAAUUCACUGAACACUCUUGUGCAUGAAUAUUAAUUUAAGCCUACAUUUACUACAGCUUCUUGUAAAAUCUAUACAAAAGAAGUCUGAAGUGAAAUUGAGGGAAAAUGAGCAGUUAAUCAUACUGACUAAUAAAUGAGCCCAUGAUUUCACAUCGCAAACGUACCAACCGACAUAAGAUCAUGUGUACAUAAGUUCCAUGCAUUGUUAAGUACAAUAUAUUUGUAACUGCAGCAAAACAAAGUAAAUAAUAGGACUGUGGCAUAUUUUGCUAGGGAAUGGCACAACAAACACGUCUCCGCGACAGCGGUGGCAUCGCACAAUAAUGAAGCCACUCCGGGAAGUGGUGUUUUCUGUGGGUCCGUUACAACUGUCAUGUCAUACUAUAACAUAGCAACUGCAAGAAAAGGUGUUUUCUGUUGGGUUGGUCCCGAGGACCAUUGGGACAAGUCAGUCAGUCAUGAGUCUUGAAAUGGGGGAGUUAGUCCAGUAGAGUUCAAGUUUGGAGGCAGGCAGUCUGAGACAGUUGUCCCUGGCAGAGAGCCCCGAUUGUUGUAAGCAGCUGAGUAGCAACACCCAGUUAGUUGUGAGAGAGAUCCCAGUCAUUGAGGAGUUGGAAGACAUUACCCAGAGUGCAGUGAAGACCAUGAGUGGAAACACUAGUCUGUGUGUGAUAGUGAUUUGUGAAAUGUAGUCUUGAGAGUCAGGAGUCUUGAGUCAGCAGAAUAGAAGACUGUAACCAGGUAAUGUUUAGUUCAGUUGUGAGACAGGCAAUAUUGAGUGAGGACUGGAGCCAUGGAACACAGAUGCUUAGGAAGCUAUGGCAUUGGAAACUGUCACCAGAAAACUGGUUAAGACAUAGAAGACUGAGACUUAGUGCAUGCUUUGGUGAUUUGUUAAGUACGUAGAUCUGUGAGACUGUUAUAGUUACUUGCAUUUCCGAGAGUUCAGAAUCCAGUAAACGUGGUUACCAAUCUAAACCCCAUCUGUAGUCACUCAACACAUGACAGUAUAAUGAAUCAGGCAUUUCAAAAUUGUUAAAAGUUGCUCAGCCAGAAAGCUGUCGUGUAUUAUUCAUAUGACUCAACCCUGAAGUUCAGAGCUCUGCAGUUGUUUUAAAUGACUAAUGUAUACAGGUUGUGUGUAGCAUUUUUUCGAGUACUAAUAACAGUGAGGGUUAAUUGUAGCUCACAAGUCAUUGCCUUUAAUUGCAGUAAUAAAGAAGUCACUCUUCAUAAUUACUUGAGAACUGUCCAAAUAUCACUAUUGCAGUAUGAGGCAAAGCAUUAUAUACUGACACAUUUGGCACAGCAAUUGACAGGAGAUUGAUCAAAACAUAGUGGGGAUAUGAAAAAAUCACAUCUAUAUUGAAUUAAAGCUGAAUGCUCCAAAAUACAGUUUUUAAUCUUUUGUAAAUCAUGUUUCUCUGUUAGAAUGAAAAUAUGUCUGUUGUCAUAAGUUAACAGUUUUUAUUAGCCCUUUUCUCAGAGGUGAUUUCAAGACUGAUAAAUUGUGAAUUACUGGGUUCUUUAAUUGUACUUAAUUACUCUCACUGGUAGACAUUCCUUUAUUUCAAGGAUCUGUAUUGAUCCACCAUAGAGAAUGGUGCAAAAAUCAGGACACACUUCAUAUUUUUCACAUAAUUUCUUUCAUUUCAAUUAAUACAUACUGUUGCCACCACUACUCAGUAUCAAUAGAUUCAUCAUUUUUUUCUGUGGCGCUACAGCCCCAAUUUGGGCCUAGGCCUACCUCCAUGAAACUCUCCGAUUCACUUCGG